GUAUUUUUGACGAAUUUGGAAGAGAAGAUGGCAGCAGCAGCAGAAGAUUCGAAGAAAUCGAGCGAUGUUGAAGAGCGUCUGAAACCCUUUUACGAAAGAGCUGCCCAGGCUGAGUUUUAGGUUGGUGUGUUGGCUAAGAAAAUGCAAAGGAGAUUAUUGCGAAGUCAGAUUGAAGAGAAGAUUCAUGCACACAUGCCAACAUGGCUCUCCACCCACAUCCCACCUCAUGAGUGAAGCUGAUUCAUGCUCACAGUGGACCACGAAUAUGCCUUUGCCCGGAUCUCCCUAGCAUCUCCUGCUCUGAAAAAAGAAGAUGAAGAAGAAGUUAUUAUGGAACGUCUGUCAAGACUUGAAGCUGUUUUUGCUGGUAAGAAAGAUUCUGGGGUUGAGGAAAUGCCAUCUUUUGUGAAAGAGUUCCAGCUAAAGCUAAAUACUGCAGAUGCUGAGGAAAUAUCUAAGCUAAUGGCUUCAAAGGAGAUUGAGGCACUUGCAGAAAGAAACACAAAACUGGCUGCAGGAAAUCUGAAGCUGCAAACAGGAAUUGUGGACCUCGUGGAAGGAAAUGCAAACCUUGCAGCUUCUCAUGCGAAGAAGGCAGAAGAAACUAUGAAGCUUGCAGCAGAAAUGGGCAAGCUUGCAGCAGAAAAUGCAAAACUCCAAUACCGAGUUGCCCAUCUUGUGAAAGCAUUAAAGGAGGCAGAUCACAAAUUGGAGUCUAAAUGAGGAUAGCAAGACAGACCAAAAUCGGUACAUUUGGUGGAGGAUAGACUCGUGUAAUUUUUUAUCCAUCUUAUCUGGCUGGCCACAGCCAAUUAUUUCUCAUUGACAACGGUACCAUUCAAUCACAAUCUCUGUUUGAGAACUUUUAUUCACAAGCAGGGCCUUCAAAAUGUGCCAUGGAUUGUGUCACAAACUAAUCAAUCAUAUGUUGGUUUUGAUUUUUUCUUUCAAAACAAAUCAGAACACUUUUUUUUCAAAUGGGUUUUUUGCAUAUCUAUGGACCUGUUUGGAUGUCCCCGAGACAUGGGAGGAUGGGAUGCUUUUAUGCCCAGACUAGUGGUGUGGCCCAGCCUGAAAGAUUGGGGCCCAUGGUUUGAGGCAGAACAAGCAGAAAAUGAUGCCCUCAUUAAGUGGGGUUCCCAUUUUCCAUUCUUUCACCAAACACAGUAGGUUAUCAGUCAGGCUGAGUAACAAUUGAAUGGACAGUUAAUCCAAAACAGAUGAUUGUACUCCAAGAGAAUCCCCCAAUGUUCUGAUUAUGAGGUUAAAUAUGGUUUGAUGUGAGUGAUGGAUGAAGAGAAAUAUAGGGGCUAUUUGUGGCUGACUUGCAGCUUGCUGAGGUAGCAUGCAUGUGAGAGAUCCUGGCCAUUCAUCAGGUUGUUCGAUCAUGAACAUCCCCACAUCCCAGUUCAACUCAUUAGGUAGGCCACCCGUGUACAUUGGAUGUAGGCCAUUGUUCUAUCUUUUUAGCUAACCAUCCCUCUUCUUCUUUAUUCAUGCGUGGAGCCCAGUUGAUGAGUGGAUAGGGCAUGUUUGCAGUGGGACCUGCUUAAUGAAUGUCCCAGUUGAUGCAGGAUUCCGAUUUCCUGCAAAAGCCUUUCACAGGAAGUUCCUGUGAUGGGAAGCUAGGUGGAACCCACUGAAAUGCUUGUGAGAAAUCCACCCCGUCCAUAUGUUUUUCCAGAUCAUUUUAGGACAUGGGAUU